GAAAAGUUAUUCUUCCUACUCUUCUUGACCCACCUUUACAUUUACGGCGUCUCUUCAAAAGGGUAAAUAUCGACUCAACUGUCUUAAGUGGACAUGCCUCAUAUUGUUUUCGCAUUCAUGGUGAACUGCGUCAUUGGUCAGGCUCACUCCUUUCAGAGUCUAAUCCAGCUACAAAUUAUGCACAACUUUAUAUUCAUGACCCGGAUAUUGCACACCAAAUACGAAUGGGAAGAAAUAAAAAUUUAAGUGCUCAAACCAUGUGGAAAAUACAACAAAUUCUUCGAGAAAAUCAUGAAGGAGCGUCCAAAACCGAUUUAACUGUUCGCCUUCAUUUUAAUGCAGCUACUGAUCGACGUCGUUACAAUCUUCCUGCUUCAAACGAAAUAGCCCUUAUUUUGCCCGGUGAUAGAUCUGCACCAGAGGGAUCUCGAGACAUUAUACUUCGUUUACGUGGAGGUCCACUUGAACACAUUCACGAAGGCAAUCCGGCUUAUUUACCACUACACUAUGUGCUUUUUUUUCCAUAUGAUGAGCUUGGGUGGCAAGAUGAAUUGUGUCAAGUUGUAGUCGAUGAUAAUGGAAGAACGAUUGAAGAUCAGAGUAAUGCACCAUGCCUUACACAGAUGGACUUCUACUCAUUUCGUCUUUUUUCAAGACAUACAGAGUUUUCAUCUAUUCUUCAUGGUAGAAAGUUGUUACAGGAAUUUAUGGUAAAUGCUUGGGCAGUGACUGAACAAAAUCGGUUAAGAUUUUUGCGUAUAAACCAAGGCGUUUUGAGGGCAGACGUAUAUCAGGGCCUUAUGGAUGCAAUAGGGGCUAUUGCAAAUACAGAAAUAAAUUUAGCUAAUCUUGGCCAUCGUAUAAUUCUCCCUUCAUCACAUAUUGGAAGUGCCCGUCAUAUGUAUCCUCUUUACGCAAAACGAAAUGAUGGCCACAUAUUUAAUGUUGGCAACAAGACUAUCGACAAUAGAGAUGUGGUACCAUACAAUCCCGCACUUA